AUGCCGACAUUUCAGAGCAAAAAGUUCCGGUCCGCCGGCGAGGGCAACGCCGUGGGAGCCAAGUACCGCGCCGUCAUGAGCAAGCACCCGUUUCUCAUGUUUGGCCUGCCGUUCCUGGCCGUCAUCGUCGCCGGCUCCUUUGUCCUGACGCCCGCGACGGCCAUUCGAUACGAGCGGCACGACCGCCGUGUGCGCCAGAUGACCCGAGACGAGGAACUCAACGUGCGACGCUCGGCGCGCAAGGUGGACAUGCGCGAAGAAUACUAUAGGCUAUCGGGCAGCAAAGACUUGGACAAUUGGGAGCAGAAGCGCGUAGAACGACUUCCGGGCGAAAGCGACGGCAUCCUACGAUAG